AUGACCAAUGACGAGCGGCCUAUAAAACUGUUGUUGUUUCCCACAGGGGAGACAUCUUUGGCUCAUCAAUUUGUGGAGGGUGAGUUCCUGGAAGAUCCCACACAGGACAGCUUCCAAGUCAUUGAGGUUCUGUACCAAAAGUUACAUAAAGGCCAUGGAAAACCUUAACUGUUCUUUCCUUCUAGGUUGCCAGUGGUUCUAGUGGGGAACAAGGCAGAUCUCUCACCAGAUAGAGAGGUCCAAGCAGUUGAGGGGAAGAAGCUGGCGGAGUCCUGGGGUGUGACAUUUAUGGAGUCAUCUGCUAUCGAGAAUCAGCUGACUCAAGGCAUCUUCACCAAAGUCACCCAGGAGAUUGCCCGGAUGAAGAAUUCCAGUGGGCACAAGCACCACUGCUGUUUCUUGUGGAACCUUGAGUUUGGGGCAGCUUUGAUCUUGGCCCUGGUUCUUGCCAGGCUCUAG